GCACAUAAUAAUUUAUUUGUCAAUAAUCAACUAAAGUAUUUGCAAUUUACUUUAGGUUUAUUUUAAAUAGUAAAAUGAUUUUCAUAAUUUAGAAUAUUCUUUCUUAUGUUGUUUCAACAGUGUUUAUAAAAAAUGUCGGUAUUCUUCGUGAAUGCUAAUCAAGAUAGUGAAGUUGAAGGUGAUUCAAAUGGAGACUUACAAAUUGCAUCGCCUGGCAGUUCUGAAGCUCAACAAACUUUGGCACAAUUUUGGCCAAAAGUUACAGAAGAAAUUAAAAAAAUUACUACUAUGGACUUAAAAACACAAUCAUUGCCAUUAGCAAGGAUAAAAAAAAUUAUGAAACUUGAUGAUGAUGUUAAAAUGAUAAGUGCAGAAGCUCCAAUGUUAUUCUCUAAAGCAGCAGAAAUUUUUAUACAUGAAUUAACAUUAAGAGCAUGGGUUCAUACAGAAGAUAAUAAAAGACGUACUCUUCAAAGAAAUGAUAUAGCAAUGGCAAUAACUAAGUAUGAUCAAUUUGAUUUUCUAAUUGAUAUAGUCCCUAGAGAUGAAUUGAAACAAAGUAAAGCACAGACUGAAAGCACUGUACGUACUUCUAUGAAUUCAGAUCAGGUACAUUAUUACUUUCAAUUAGCACAACAACAAGCUUCUGCCAAUCAAAAUGUCCAAAGUGGUAAUGCUACUACACAACCUAUACAAAUAGUGCAACCGUCAACUGGACAAAUACAAACAAUUAAUAUUGGUAGUCCAGUAGAACAGGAAAGCACUACUCCAAAUACAGCACAGACUGUAACAGUACAAAGUCCACAACAAUCAUCAGGCCAACAAAUUAUACAAUUACAACAGGCUCAACAAACACCUACAACACAAACUGGGGGAAUACAAAUUGUACAACAAAUUGUAACACCUAGUGGAGAAAUUCAACAAAUACCAAUACAAUUAACGCCUCAACAACUUCAAAUGAUUCGUAUGCAAGUACAAGGUGGAAGUAAUCAACCAAUUAUAAUUCAAACUGCUCCUAUACAAGCUCAACCCCAAUUGAUACAGGUUGCGCAAGGUGCUCAAGCACCGGUGUUUCUACAAACUAGCGGAACAGACAAUGACUCCACGAAUAUUUUCAUCGCAACGAAGAGUAACGGAAGGAUGAGUGCCCUAAGCAGGAAGACUAAGAGAUGAGGAAGAGGGUAAAGAAGAUGGUGGCACGUCUUGAAGUCCUUUUAUUAGCACGGAACAAAGAUGUGCUCCAUUUAGUGACGUUGCCACCAUGGUUCUGGUUGCCAAGGAAACCUUGUGCGCCCAACGUUGCAGUCUCAAACAUAUUCUCUGGAGAUUUUAAUUCUUCCUUCAAGAACGCUUCGAUGGGUCCUUCCACCUCGCGAUCUACGCCACUGCUUGAAUACUCGGAUUUCACGACAUGUUUACAAAGAUCCUAGAGAUAAGUUGAGAAUGGCCGCCGCAGCCCAUGCCUCCUCCAUGGGUGUAAGGUGACAGCUGCCUGCGCCUGCGUUACAUGCACACAGGGUGUCCGAAAAUUAGCUUGCCAUCUCAUUUGUGAUUUAUAUACGCACUGAUUAAUUAAGAACGACAUUCACAACAUAUUUUAACUUCAUUUCUUGUAUCUUAAUCCUCGAUACUAGAAAUUAAAGUUAUAAGAAUUAUAAGAUAUUGAUUAAAACUUGUACCUAU